UGACCUCUGAACCCUGCAUCACUUCUGACCCUGAACAUUGGGUCACUAUUGACCUCUGAACUCUGUAUCACAUACUACUGACCCCUUAACCAUGGUGUGCCCAUCAGUGUGCUCCCUUACAUUAGAUGUCGCCAUCACAGUGCAGCUUUACAUCAUGUAUUCCCAUCACAUCAGGUGUGCCCAUCAGUGUGCUCCUUUACCUCAGUUGUCCGCAUCCGAGUGCCCCUUUACAUCAGGUAUCCCCAUCACAGUGCCACCUUACAUCAGGUAUUCCCCUCAGAGUGCCCUUUUACAUCAUAUUCCCCAUCAGAGUGCCCCUUUCUAUCACAUGCGCAAAUCAGACUGCCCCUUUCCAUCACAUGUGCCCAUCAGAGUGCCCUUUCCACAGUAUGUGCCCAUUAGUGCCCUCUUAACAUAA